AUGGGAGCCGACUUUCGACGUCCUCCGCUUCCCGCUCCCACCGAGUCUAUGGACGAGGCCUCCGGCGCCGACACAGAGGUAGCAACAAAUGUCACUUCCAAGACCUCCUACUCGAUCCCCGAGGACGGAAGCCCAAUCACGAUUUCCACACAGAAGGUGCACGGCAGUAAGGAAGGCGGCAUUGGCAAGCACAGCCGGGAUAAGAGCCAGACAAGCUUGUUGAUUGAAUAUUUUGAGGCGUCCAAGACCGGCGACAAGAGCCGGACGAGACCCAGCGUGAGGGUGAAGGUCACGCCCAGCUCAGCGAAAAAGAAUAGAGGAUCAGGAGGGAAUGACGCUGUCCAGAUCACGGGGAUAGGAGCCGAUCGCAAGCCGUCGUAUACCCGCCGCAUCUCGCUCGGCAACAGCAGCAAAAACGUCGAGACAGGACUCGCGCCUACUGAGGGAACAGAACUCAGUCACUCGUCUGGGAGUAACGUGUCAGGCAAGCCGCCUAUUGAAGUCGAAGUUUUGAACAACGCGAGUGACGUCUCCAACAACCGAUCAUCACGAGGGUUGAUGUACGCGCCGGUCGAAUCCAACGUAUCGUCAAUGCCAUCUGACAGUAUGCUCGAAGGCGAAGAACCAAGCUACCAGCAGCGUAGCCGCGAUACCGAGUACGAUGAGGACGAUGCGACGCCGACGAAGGAGGCUGCAUAUCUCUCUGCACCAGCCAAAGGCAAUAAUCACACCAGGAACAUCAGCCAGGAACGACUGACGCAGAAAGUAAUGGAGAAGCUUGGUGCGUCAUCGAAGAACCGCAAGUCCAGCCGCUCGAACCGCGAUCGCAAUAGCAAGGAAUAUGAGUACGAGAAUGAGUCCAGGGAGCGUCGACGGCGUUCGUCGAGGUCACAUCGAGGGGAAGAAGACACAGUCAGCGGCGCAGAAUCCAGCAUUGUCUCUUCAAACCUUGCGCCAAGCCAGCGGUCAUACCGCUCCGGUAGCUCUCAAGCAUCGCGCGUCACCAACAAUCCAAGGCUCGUGGAGAUGGUGGAGGAUGCAAUCAAGCGCGUGAUCAUGCCAGAAAUCAAUGCGCUCAAAGAGGAUCAAAAGGGCCAGAGGAGCUCGAGCGGACGAGAGGCACCAGCGCUGGAGCGAGGUGGCAUUGAACGACGCGUGAGCAAAUCUUCGAGCACGCCAAAUAUCUCUUCAAGACCAAAGGUCGUGCUCAAUCGCGACGGGGAUGAUCCAGGAACCGUUUUGUCUCGCGGCGAUUCGGAAAGAGUGAAGCCGCGCAAAUCUAGCAGAGAGAGCCCUUCAGAGCGCCCAUCAAGCCGCCGAUCUUCCGGCAGGCACUCACGACAAAGCUCUCACGACGAUACUGAGGAGAGGAUACGGCACAAGUCCAGCAGAGGUAGCAAUACCCUGCGAGGCGCUGCAGCUGCCGGAUUGGCAGGUGGGCUCACAGCAGCAGCUUUGAAGCAGCACGACUCCCAGGGCGAUCUCACCCAUAGGCGCAAGAAGCGCAGCAGCCGACGUUCAGAGAGCAUGCACGACAUGGACGAAUUGAAGAAGCAAGACGCUAUUCCACCAAUGCCCAUGGCAAGUCAAAUCAACGACUCGGAGGUCACACGCGAGAGCAUUCUGUCAACGGGCACCGAUCGCCCUCAGUCGCGUUCAUCUGCUGAGCAUCGCACACCAAUUCGUGAGGUUUCGCGUGGAUCUCUAGGCGAAUCCAUGUCUCCUGCAUCAUCGCGCACACCCACAAGAAGCCCGAUGCAUCAGCAUUUGGGUAUGAGCAUCUCCAACCGGUCUAUUGAGAGUCCCCACAGUCCUCGAAGCCCGAACGGUGGAAUUCUAGACAAGGCUCGUCUGCCAGCGUUGACAAGCGCUGGCCUUGGCGGAGCUGCAGUGGCGAAGGGACUGGAUGCUGAUGGAUACGGUGGGGGCACCCCCCAGCGAAAAAUCAGCAGCCCGGUGCAGAGCGUCUCCAGCUUGAGAAAGAACUUUGAAGACGACCCGCUGGUACCACAGGCCUUGCGACCUCACAGUCCCGCCUCGCAUUCAUCCGCAGGGCGUCUGCGAGAUGGCCGACACUCGCAAUCCUCUCUGCGCUCGAUGGAAUCUCCUCCCACUACAAAGCUCGCAGACUCGCGCAAGCAUUCUCAAGAUCUUGGUGCAGACGAAGAGGACGAUGCAUUUGGACCGCCGCAUCCUCAAUAUACGCGUGACGGCGCUGCAACUCCAAGCGGGGGAGAGACAGCUGAUGAGUGGUUCGAGCGCCAACAUCUCGUCAACGACCGCUAUCGUAAUUUGACGGGAGAGUCAACGAACCGGGACUCGUACCAGACAAAUCCAUUUCCUCAGGACGAGAAGCGCUUCACUUUUGCUACGAACGACAGCUUUGAUCGCCAAAUGGAUGAAGAUGAGACUACUGGCGGAGAGCAGGAUGUACGUGGUCUGGAACUCAACCCCAACUACGUGCACACGCCAAUGGCCGUGGAAUCUGCGGUUGCUUCACUGAUGGAGCCUUCGACUGUCAGUAGCCACGUGGUCUCAUCCAAUGGAAGCCCUGCCAAAGCAAAUGGUACGUAUAGCGACAGAAUGGCUCAAUAUCUGCGUGCAAUGGACAAAGAGCACGCUCCCAUGUACGAGGGCUCGACAAUGAGCCAAAGCAUGCCAAGUCAGGAUCGAUGGGCUGCGAUUAGAGGCCAUGCCGCCAACAUGUCUGGCUCUCUUGGCAGCUCUGCCGGGCAGAGCCCAGCUAAGGAUGCUCGCGGAGACUUGGACAGAUCCACAGAAGAGAGGCCUACGAUGGGAGCUAGUGGCUUACCCCUUGCUGACGACCCAAUGCCUGAGAUCGGCCACUUUGACGAUUCAAAAUCGGAUGUCACCACGAAUCCAUCCAUCAUCCAGGGGCCGCUCGGUGGAGACGUGACUGGUAAAGACACUUGGCCAUACACACCUGAGCCACAGCAAGACGCGGUCAAUCGAGAGACUCACUCUAACAAUGACGGACGCGGCAAAGGAGCUGGUAUUCUUGAAGGCGCCGCUGCCCUCGGCGGUGCGGCUGCUGUAGCAGCUGCAGCACACUCCUCUCGCCAGCCUACUGUAGAGGAUGAGCGUGAUUUAGACAGGGAGGCUACUCCGACUGGCUUCCGCGAUGAAGGAUACGUUACCGAUGCUCGCACUCGAUCUGGCGGUGGCCUUACCCCAAAGCCGGAGGAGCAGCAGUAUGGCAAGAAAGAUCUCGCGGAGUACGAGCGCGCCAUGAAUGCCCAAGAUGUUGGUGAAGAUGACCCGUUCGCGAUGGACCACAAGCACACUCGCCAUUUCAGUGGCAACUCGCAUGGGAUGGAUUCGCCACUCUACGACGCUUCGACUGGCAAAGGACUUCAGAACAUUGAGUCAAAGGAGAUCGUCGCUUUGAUGGACCACCUCACAGUGCGCGAUGCUCAGCGCAAUGCACGAGACACCGAGAUUCUGGUCACGCUUGUGCGAAGCGCAGCUGAGAUGCGCCAGUCUUUCGACGAGAUAAAGAAGUUCAUCGUAGAGCAAGACAAGCUGAUCAUGCAAAACACUGACCGUACUGGCGACAGUACCGCACAGAAAGUCAUUCUCAGUGGCCCACGCCCCCAGCCACUCGGGUCUCCACGCACCCCUCGCCGACAAGCUGACCCUGAAGAAGACGUUCAAACCAAGCGCAAAGGUGUCCUGAGACGAGCGUUGAAAGGUCUUACUGGUGGCAAGAGUGCGAAAGACCUUACAAAGAUCGAGGACAUGCUGAUGCAAAUCUUGGACAACGUCGAGGAUCUCAAGAUGCAAAACGGGAGUGCAAGACCCCUUGAUCGCUCGUACACCAAUGACAGUCUCGACUCGUAUGAGAAGCUCCGCAAUGCUCCAGAUUCUGGAUAUGAGCCUGAAGGUCAAGCAGGUACCUCCAGUACACCAAGUCACUCUGGUCACUUCAAUGCGCCACAGCCACGAGAGAAGCAGCUGUUCCACUCCGGCUACGAUGGCCGCCGCGGCUCCGAACACCGUGUUAGUACUGUGCCCGAAGACGACGAAGAUGAUUUAGAGCCGCACGAGACUCACAUCUUGAAUCACCAAUUCGAGCACAAUGAGCGCAUGUUGACGCCAACUCAGGAGUCUCAUCGCAAUCGUGGCAUGUCACCCAAUGACACGCCUCCCCAGAACGCGACAAGUUACGGCACUCCAGAAAAGCAGCGCAAACACACAAGCAACAACUCUUCCCUGUUUGGCGUGCCAAAAGUCUCUAGAUGGUCUCGCACUACAGCAUCUUCUGCGCCAGACCAGGCUGCGCUCGACAGUCCGAAGCAGGCACGCAAUGCCAGACCAUUGUCCGCAUCAUCGCGAUCGCAGUCUACUUUGGACGACUAUGAGGAUGAUCCGUACCAUGCGCACCCUGAUGAUCGGUUGCGUUCCACGCAGAGCCUUGGCAACGACCAAGCACGAAGCGCGGAGACUCGCAGUAUGCGUAGUCAGGCAAGCAGGUUGACCAGAACUCCAUCUCCCUUGAUUCCGUCAGAGACAUCGAGUAGACGUGAUCAGUAUGACGAUGACGACCAGCAAGUUCCCUCGCCUGUGCAGGAGGAUGAAGAGGCUGCGGCACUUGACGACCCCAAGUAUCACGCGCAUCGCAAUUCAAUACUUCUCCAGCAUCCUCAACCGCGCCAAGGCACCACACCACGUCACCAGAACACGUUGGAAUCACAAGCGCACACGUUUGACGACCCUGCGGGUACGAAUUCCGAUCUCUCGCAGCGUACCAUGAGUGACUUUGACCCAGCCAUCUGGGGUUCCUCGGGAACGGCAGGACUGGCUCGCCACCGACUCACACAGCAAAUGGAGCCAAUCAGGCCCAGUAGCAUGAAGAGUCCGAAAGGGUACGGGUCACGCAACGAUAACGGGCCGUUGGUGCCACAGCAAAAGCCGGCAGUGCCACCGAAGAUCAGCUAUGAUGCCGAACCGGAGCGGGAACCGGAGUGGGAACCGCAGUUCAGCAACAGUGGCUUCAGCAAGGAUGCUGGGUACUACGGCAGUCCGUACGGAUCGGGCCAUCUGCUCGAGCCGAUCGAGGAGGUCCGUUACAGCCUGGAGACGGACAGCGGCCGGAGGUCGCUCAAAAGUGUAAGCAGCCCUAUGUCGUACUGAAGUGGUUCCUUCAGUACGUGAAUUCAGCCAGGAGAUCGGAUAAAGCUAAUCAAGUUCUGGUACAGGCCUCACCCGAGCCGCAGGUCGUUUCUGCAAGAGCGGUUGACAUGCGCUCUCCGGGCCCCAAGAUCACUGGCCCUCGUCCGAUGGGAGCUGCUCCCAAGAGUGCGAGCACGAACACGCAGUCGCAGCCACGGCUCGUAGACCAUGCCGGUACGGUGCGCCGCAAGCCUGUGCCGCGUAGUGAAGGUACGAAGUCCGCGGGAUGUACGCCUUCGUAGCAGAAGGUGUUCAUACCUCCCCUUUUCCUCUCUGCUGCAGAACGAGAAAAAGAAUUUCGCAUACUUACACGGUCGGUACAGGCUCGGACGAUGCCGCCACGUUUUGA